CGAAAGGCCUAACAGUACAAACCCUAAAAGUUCCAGAUUCAGCACAAAUAUAUUAGGUUUUCACGUUUCUGUUUGCAAAGCUCUCACUCAGCAGCUUGAGGACCUUUGCGCCGCUUUCAUCUCAACAGCGGAAGUGCCAAAAAAUGCCUUCGCACAAGACCUUCAGGAUCAAGAAGAAGCUGGCCAAGAAGAUGAGGCAGAACAGGCCCAUUCCUUACUGGAUCCGCAUGCGCACCGACAACACCAUUAGGUAUAAUGCUAAGCGUAGGCACUGGCGCCGUACCAAGCUAGGGUUCUAAGUCCGAUGUGCUUGUUUGUUUCAAGCUUUUCUUUUACGUUUUCUAAGUUUAUUUUCAGACUUCCGUGUUAUUUGGGAUUUAAAAUUGUGAACCUUUAGGGACCUUUUUAUUAAAGAUUUUGAUGAGAUUGGUAG